AUGACAGGAAGCAGGGACGGCAUGUGGAGUCAUUCCUCCACGCCUUUGUCUGGGUCCCCGUCUCGUGUCCAUGCUGGCGCGCACAGAGAUUCUCGAUCAUCACCACGCCCCAGUUACAGUGCGGCCUAUACGCGCCCACAGUCCAAGAAAUCCGCUGCGGCCGGGACACGAUGUAGCCUAGGACUAGAAUUUUUAACACUCAAGACCAGAGAUAUCCAAGUCGAUGAAAACAAGUUUGGCUUCCGACAUCCGGCGGUACUUGCGCCAAACACCUUUGCCGCAACAUUAGACCGGGUAAUUCUCACACCCGGAUAUAUGAAAGACGGCGCAUAUGAACCAUGGUCUGGGGAUGUCUCUGUGUCUCGCAUCAGUCGGAAAACAGUAAACAAGAGUUCGAGAGAUGAAGCGGGCAGUGUUGAAAUGCGAUGGCAGGCUGUGAUGGGGAGGUCCAUUCAAGUUGGACCGUCUACGCGAUCAGAGUACCCAGAAUUCAUUCAUACGGCCGCUUGCGGAAUUAAGCAGUCGGCAAGAAGACGCUGA